AUGGCGGCGACAUUGGCAGCUAGCGCUGCUUCGGCCGAGCUGGUGAUCGGCUGGUGCAUAUUCGGGCUCUUACUACUGGCUAUUUUGGCAUUCUGCUGGAUAUAUGUUCGUAAAUACCAAAGUCAGCGUGAAAGUGAAGUUGUCUCCACCAUAACGGCAAUUUUUUCUCUGGCUAUUGCACUUAUCACAUCUGCACUUCUACCAGUGGAUAUUUUUUUGGUUUCGUACAUGAAAAAUCAAAAUGGUACAUUUAAGGACUGGGCUAAUGCUAAUGUCAGCAGACAGAUUGAGGACACUGUAUUAUAUGGCUACUAUACUCUGUAUUCUGUUAUAUUGUUCUGUGUGUUCUUUUGGAUUCCUUUUGUCUACUUCUAUUAUGAAGAAAAGGAUGAUGAUGAUACUAGUAAAUGCACUCAAAUUAAAACAGCACUCAAAUAUACUUUGGGAUUUGCUCUGAUUUGUGCACUUCUACUUUUAGUUGGUGCUUUUGUUCCAUUGAGUGUUCCCAAUAACAAAAAUUCUACUGAAUGGGAAAAAGUGAAGUUCCUGUUUGAAGAACUUGGAAGUAGUCAUGGUUUAGCUGCAUUAUCCUUUUCCAUUAGUUCUCUCACCUUGAUUGGAAUGUUGGCAGCUAUAACUUACACAGCCUAUGGCAUGUCAGCGUUACCUUUAAAUCUGAUAAAAGGUACUAGAAGUGCUGCUUAUGAACGAUUAGAAAACACUGAAGAUAUUGAAGAAGUGGAGCAACACAUUCAAACGAUUAAAUCAAAAAGCAAAGAUGGUCGACCUUUGCCAGCAAGGGAUAAACGUGCCUUAAAACAAUUUGAAGAAAGGUUGCGAACACUUAAGAAAAGAGAGAGGCACUUAGAAUUCAUUGAAAACAGCUGGUGGACAAAAUUUUGUGGUGUUCUACGUCCCCUGAAGAUCAUUUGGGGAAUAUUUUUCAUCUUAGUUGCAUUGCUGUUUGUAAUUUCUCUCUUCCUCUUGGAUAAAGCUCUUCAUUCAGCUGGAAUAGAUUCUGGCUUCAUAAUUUUUGGAACUAACUUGAGCAAUCCAUUGAAUAUGCUUUUACCUGUACUACAAACAGUUUUUCCUCUUGAUUAUAUUCUCAUAACAAUUAUUAUUAUGUACUUUAUUUUUACUUCAAUGGCGGGAAUUCGAAAUAUUGGCAUAUGGUUCUUCUGGAUUAGAUUGUAUAAAAUCAGAAGAGGUAGAACCAGGCCCCAAGCACUUUUAUUUCUCUGCAUGAUACUUCUGCUUAUUGUCCUUCACACUAGCUACAUGAUAUAUAGUCUUGCUCCCCAGUAUGUUAUGUAUGGAAGCCAAAAUUACUUAAUAGAGAACAAUACUACUUACAAUGACCAUAAAGGCAAUUCAACCAUUUCUGUGCCAAAGAGCUGUGAUGCUGAUGCUCCUGAAGAUCAGUGUACUGUUACCCGGACAUACCUAUUUCUUCACAAGUUCUGGUUCUUUAGUGCUGCAUACUAUUUUGGUAACUGGGCCUUUCUUGGGGUCUUCUUGAUUGGAUUCAUUGUAUCUUGUUGUAAAGGGAAGAAAUCAGUCAUUGAAGGAGUAGAUGAAGAUGAUUCAGACAUAAGUGAUGAUGAGCCUUCUGUCUAUUCUGUGUGA